AUGGAGGUUCAUCAUAUAACCACUUCACCUAAGAUUCUCUUCAGUAAGGCACGCAAGAUUGUGCCACCUAUGCUGGAGAAAUUCCACAAAGGCCAGCAUGGACGGGUUGCCGUUAUUGGAGGAUCACUAGAUUACACAGGAGCUCCAUAUUUCUCUUCCAUGGCUUCGGCACGGCUAGGCUGCGAUAUGAGUCAUGUUAUCUGCGAGCGAUCUGCAGCUACUGUUAUCAAGUCUUAUUCUCCGAACCUAAUGGUCCAUCCUUUACUACCAAGUAGCGAAUCUGUAAAGGACCCCAAUUCGAUUGAUGCGCCUAAGCUUGCUAGCCCCAUCGUGGCAAUGCUAUCUCGUCUCCAUGCCCUAGUAGUGGGACCGGGGUUGGGCCGUGACGGGGUGACGCUGAAAGUGGUUAUAGAGGUCUUGAAGGAGGCGCGGUCCCGCUCAAUACCGUUUGUCUUAGAUGCCGAUGGACUACUGCUUGUCACGGAGCAACCGGAUCUUGUCAAAGGGUACAAGGAAUGCAUAUUGACGCCUAACGUUAACGAGUUCAGCCGACUAGCCAAGGCGUUGGAUAUCGAGGUUCCCAGCAUGGCGCAGAUCGAGUCAGAUGGCGGCGACAAGACAAGCCGAGAAACCGAAGCCUGUGAGAAGUUGUCGCAAGCUCUUGGUGGUGUGACAAUAAUUCAGAAGGGACCGCACGAUGUGAUCUCAAACGGUGUAACGAGCAUCGUCAACGAUAUCGUCGGAGGGUUGAAGCGCAGUGGAGGUCAGGGAGACACGCUCACGGGAUCGUUGGGCACGCUGCUGGCGUGGCGAGCAGCUUAUCACAACAGACUUUGGGAUUCCGGUGAAAGGGAUAACCAAAGGGAGGCCCAAAGUAAGCAGGAGAUUCAGGCGGAGCUUGAGUCAUCGGACAAGAGAAUGUCCCCCGCAACAACAUUGCUGCUUGCUGCCUGGGCGGGCAGCGGGAUUACAAGAGAGUGCUCUCGCCGCGCUUUUGAGGCGAAGGGUAGGAGCAUGCAGGCAAGUGACCUCACCGAUGAGGUCCAUGAGAGUUUUCUGGAGUUGAUCGGUGAGCCGGAACAAUCGAAGACGCGUCUGUAG